AUGAAAAGUGCGUUUACACCGAACAGACCAUCAAUUUUCACUUUCAGCGUUGAGGCUAAGCAAAUUGAGGAAUACAAAUCCUUCACAGAAAUUCUUCAUCAAAAUCCUCUCUGGUUUAUUAAUUGUCUCAUCGUACACAUUCCAAUGGCUUCUUUUCAUUCAUUCUUUGUGGUUAUCAUCAUUUCCCAUGUAUUUAUUCCUUUAUAUUUCUCACCCAUCCACGGCAACACCGAUGUGGGAUUCAGCAUUAACCUCAUUCGAAAAACCUCUCCCCAAGCCUUCCCUGUAAGAGGUUUAUCAGCCAUGUCAGAAACUCCACAAUCUCCAGUGGGUGCAAACCUUGGUCACUAUCUCAUGGAGCUCUCUAUAGGAACUCCACCAUUCAAAAUCUAUGGCAUUGCAGACACGGGCAGUGAUCUCAUAUGGACCCAAUGUGUGCCAUGCAACAACUGCUACAGCCAACUUAACCCCAUGUUCGAUCCUAUAAAAUCCUCCUCCUACAGCAACAUAUCAUGCGACUCAAACUUGUGUCAUCAACUCGACACAGGCGUGUGUUCUCCUCAGAAGCAAUGCAACUACACCUACGCUUACGCAUCUGCCUCCAUAACACAAGGAGUUUUGGCACAGGAAACAGUCACACUCACCUCAACCACAGGGACAAGCGUUCUCCUUAAAGGUGUCGUGUUUGGUUGUGGACACGACAACAAAGGUGGUUUCAACGACCAUGAGACGGGUAUCAUAGGCCUAGGAGGAGGGCCAGUGUCGUUCAUUUCUCAAAUGGGUGCUUCCUUUGGAGGCAAAAGGUUUUCACAGUGCUUGGUCCCUUUCCACACUGAUGUGAAUGUUUAUAGCAGAAUGAGUUUCGGCAAAGGGAGUGAGGUAUCAGGAGAAGGAGUUGUUUCAACACCUUUGGUUGCAAAGGAUGACAAAACACCUUAUUUUGUGACCUUACUAGGUAUCAGUGUGGGAGAAACGUAUUUGCAGUAUAAUGGUUCUUCAGAAAAUGUCGAAAAAGGUAACAUGUUUCUUGAUUCAGGAACACCUCCAACUAUCUUACCAACACAGUUGUAUGAUCGAGUAGUGGCUGAAGUGAAGAACCAGGUUGCGAUGGAACCUACCGUGGAUGAUCCUGAUUUGGGUUCCCAACUUUGCUAUCGAACAAAGAAUAAUCUUCGUGGUCCUAUGCUAACUGUUCAUUUUGAAGGUGCAAAUGUAACAUUGGAACCAAUUCAAACCUUAAUUUCACCAAAAGAUGAUGUUUUCUGCUUGGGGUUCACCAACACCAGUAGUGAUGUGGGGAUUUAUGGUAACUUUGCUCAGUCAAAUUACUUGAUUGGGUUUGAUCUAGAAGCACAAGUGGUCUCUUUCAAGCCAACAGAUUGUACCAAAAACACUUAAAUAAUCAAUAUGUAUGGAUUUUACUUAAAGAUAAGUUUUUCAAAAGUUUUAAGAUAUUUAUUUGCUCUCCUAUACCUAAACAAACAAAUAGCAACUGAAAAAGGAAAAAAGAAAACGAAACCUGUCUUUGUUUCAUCAGAAAGUAAGCAUUUGUGAAUGAUUUCAUUUGGAAA